GCUAUACCACCAACCCAAUGAUUGCUUCUAUGCCCCGCUUUAAUCUCAUCCGACAGUUUCUGGGAAUUUAGACAUCAAAUCUGUCAUGAGAAGAUCAGGAGAAGAUACAGUAGCGUGGAGUUACUUUCAUAGAGAUGUUGUGCCGUUUGCUGCAAUGUUUGCGGUUGAGUGUUCCACUGUUGGGUCAAACACACUGUACAAGGCUGCAACGUUAAGAGGAUUGAACUUCUAUGUCUUUAUCUUUUACUCUUAUGCUGCUUCAACACUUGUGCUUCUUCCGCUUUCCCUCAUCUUUGGAAGAUCUAAAAAAUUACCUUCAGCCAAGUUUCCUCUCUUCUUCAAGAUGUUCUUACUUGGGAUUUUCGGAUGCAUGGCGCGUAUGGUUGGUUUUAAAGGUGUUGAACAAAGUUCUCCUACUCUUUCCUCUGCUAUGAGCAAUCUCACGCCAGCUUUCACUUUCACCCUCGCAGUUAUCUUCAGGAUGGAACAAGUAGUGUUAAGGAGCUCUGCGACUCAGGCUAAAAUCAUCGGUGGAGUUCUAUCUAUAUCUGGUGCUCUGGUUAUUGUUCUGUAUAAAGGCCCAAAAGUUCUAUCUGCUGCAUCUUUUACACCUUCAUCGUCUCCUACUAGUUCGCUUCACCAGCAGUUGACUUCAUCAGAGUCAAGUUGGAUAGUCGGUGGCAUUUUGCUUGCUUCAGAGUUCUUUUUAGUUUCAGCCUGGUAUAUUGUUCAGACUCUGGUCAUGGAGGUAUACCCUGAAGAAAUAACAGUAGUCUUCUUCUACAACUUAUUUGCGACGCUAGUCUUAGCACCUAUAUGUUUAUUGGCGGAAAGGAACUUGACUUCUUGGGUGCUUAAACCGGAUAUUACCCUCGCUGCAAUCAUAUAUUCGGGAGUGUUUGCUUCAUUAUUCAGUGAAAUCACCCACACUUGGGGUCUGCAUCUGAAGGGUCCUGUCUAUGUAUCCUUGUUUAGGCCACUGUCUAUUGCAAUUGCAGUUGCCAUGGGAGCUAUAUUCCUCAGUGAUGCACUUCACCUCGGGAGUGUCAUUGGAUCAGUGAUAUUGUGUCUUGGAUUCUACACUGUGAUUUGGGGCAAAACAAGAGAGGAUUCAACCAAAACUGUAGCUGGUUCUGAGCAUUGUGCACCCUUGCUGGUUACACAUAUCGUAGAAGAUGAAGGCUUGUCAAUAAGAUAAGAUUGAUGCAAGUGGAUGACAAUAUGCUUAUAUUAUUUAUUUGUAAAUGCGGUUAGAUCUUAUAUUAUUUAUUUGUAAAUGCUGUUAGACGGUGAUAACUUUCAAAUUAUUGCGUUGUGCUAGUCUCGGAAACAUUUUUCACAAUA